GCGGGGGAUCGGGCGGGGUGAGCCCGCCGGUCUGGGCGAGUGUCCGUCUGCGGUCUGUUCCUUAAUGUAUCGUAAAUUAAAGCGUUUGUACGCGAGCGAGUUGCGUAACAUCGCUGCUGGCCUCUGCUCUUCUUCCUUGCUGGCUGCGCUGCUGCCGUAUGGAGCGCUAAAUUGUGGCUGCCCUUUUCUGUUCGGAAUGCGAAAAUAAAGUUUUGUAUUUCCCUUUAAAAAUUUCAGCUGCGUUGCCUUUGCGAGCGUUGAUGUUGUGGCUAUGUAAAGAUGUUUUUCACAGGGGCAAAAAUAUAACCUAUUCUUAAAAACCAGGGAGGGUGCUUUUUUGCUUUUUUGUUGCUUCUUUUUUGCCACCACUUCAAAGCUGUAGAGAUAAACAUGACACGUUUAAAUAAUAGCGAAAAUAUUUCCCGUCUUGUAGAUAUUGCCAAUCUCGUGGUGGGAGGUAGAAAUGCCAUUAUUCUGGCGACGGGAAUGCUGUGUUUACAUGACUUGGAGCUCUCACCUAACCCAAGAUCCUCCAGAAGAUUUUGAUGUCCAGCAUCUGCUUUGUACUCCUAUAAAACCUUUCUAAUGUUUACACAGACGUGCUUACAUCUCUGACUGAAGUUCAGCCCAUGAGAACUGCCCAGCUCCCCAGACAGGAGUGAGACAACUCAUAGCAACAUUGCUGGGAAGAAGGUGGCUCAGCACUCCUGAUGUGCUGGCAAAUCUCUCAAUAAAAUAGUAGUGUAUUAUGUUUUAAAAAAGAGACUUCUCCCUUGUAAUUGUUCAUUUUGAAAUUAAACACAAGCUUUUCUUGCUCUUAGAAUAUUCUGCGUGAUGAAAUGCUGCUUGCGGAUUAAUCUCGCUUUGCUGAAUUAUUAAUACACGUGCUCGUGAAUGCUGAAUGUUAGGGACCACUUGUGGCUUUACAAUUGUAUAUAAGGAAUAAACCAAAUACAGAGAAGAUGGAGCCCUGUGCUGGAAGAAUCUGAAAGAACAUGACUGCCUGCCUUGGACAAAUUUUGAAUUUUGUGAAUAUAUUAUAAAGUAUUAAAAGAUUUUGCUUGCUAUUCGAAGCGAAAAGAAUGCCUGGAACUGUAAGAUGGGCUUUCUGCAACAUAGCAGCAAAUUCUGCUGGUGAACCAGUAAGCUCAGACCUUCCCAACUUGAUAGGUGGCAGAAGCUUGCAAGCAACGCUGAUCUGACAUCCCAGCAACCUGCCUGCAGCUCCUCCAGCAGCAGUGUGAGCUUCCUGGGGCUCUGCAGCAUGGACCUGGACUGAUUACCUGUAUCCAGAGGACGGCAAGGUGAAUAAUUUAAUUCCAGCAGCCUACGCCACGUGAUGGUGCGAGGACCCGUCAGCGAUGCCUCCCCCUGCACCGGCAGACUUUGGAGAGGAAUGGAAACUUACAGAAGUGAUGCGAAAUGGUCGCACGUCCUCCCUUAACCCUGGGGAAAUCUCUCGGCGGAGUGAUCGCUUCAUCCUUUGCUUUUCCACGCGUUCCUCUGACGUGGAGUUUGGGAGGCUGACGGCCGCUCGGCAGGAGAGGAGAAUCGCGGGAUCCCUGGGCUCUGCCACUUGUCGGCGGUCGGCGGGGGGAAUAGAGCGGGAUUAAAUGGAAGAUCACUGAGGGCGGCUGCUGGCGGCGCGGGCUGCAGGGAGGCGGCAGAGCUGUCUUCAGCACCUGGCCAUGGGGCUGCGCUGGGCUGCCUAGGAGCCCCCACCUUCCCACUCGCGGCAGUCCUCUUCUAUCCUGAAGGAAGAAACCCAGGUGAAGGAAGACCAUGCCUUUGUUUAGUAAAUCGCACAAAAAUCCUGCUGAGAUUGUGAAAGUUCUGAAAGAAAACAUGGCCAUAUUGGAGAAACAAGAAAAAAAGACAGACAAGGCUUCGGAGGAAGUGUCAAAAUCUCUGCAAGCAAUGAAAGAAAUUCUGUGUGGGACGACAGACAAAGAGCCACCCACAGAAAUCGUGGCCCAGCUGGCACAAGAGCUCUACAACAGUGGCCUUCUAGUGACACUUAUUGCCAACCUGCAGCUGAUAGAUUUUGAGGGCAAAAAGGAUGUUUCCCAGAUAUUCAACAACAUCUUGAGAAGACAAAUUGGCACACGCAGCCCUACUGUGGAAUACAUUAGUGCCCAUCCACAUAUCCUAUUCAUGCUUCUAAAAGGAUAUGAAUCCCCAAAUAUUGCCUUACGGUGUGGAAUUAUGCUGAGAGAGUGUAUCCGCCAUGAACCCUUGGCCAAAAUCAUACUGUUUUCAGAACAGUUCAGAGACUUUUUUAAAUAUGUGGAAAUGUCAACAUUUGAUAUUGCUUCUGAUGCCUUUGCUACAUUCAAGGACCUGCUAACCCGACACAAAUUGUUGGUGGCAGAAUUUCUGGAACAAAAUUAUGAUGUAAUCUUUGAGGACUAUGAAAAACUCCUUCAUUCUGAGAAUUACGUAACAAAGAGACAAUCUUUGAAGCUUCUGGGUGAGCUGAUUCUGGACCGACACAACUUCGCCAUCAUGACGAAAUACAUCAGCAAACCAGAAAACCUGAAGCUGAUGAUGAACUUGCUGCGAGAUAAAAGCCCCAACAUUCAGUUUGAAGCAUUCCAUGUGUUCAAGGUUUUUGUGGCCAGUCCGAACAAAACACAGCCUAUUGUGGAGAUCCUGUUGAAAAACCAACCCAAGCUAAUUGAGUUUCUGAGCAAUUUCCAGAAAGAAAGGACGGACGACGAGCAGUUCACUGAUGAGAAGAACUACCUGAUUAAGCAAAUCCGAGACUUGAAAAAGCCAACGGCAUGAAGAACACCUCUUGUUUUCCACUGUAGGCAUUAAUCUCAGUUGUUAAGUUCCUCUGUGUCCCUUAAACACCACAAUAGUGCUUGAGAAGGCACAGCAAGUGCCUGGUUUUUAUUUUGUCUUUGUUCCUAGAUGUCAAGAGUAUAGGGGUUUUACAUGAGAACUAAAAAACCAAAAAUCUAGAAUAAUAUAUUAUUUUUAAUCAAGAUUAUAAUUAUUUAUGUCAGUUUAGAAUCUCUCUGUAAUAGAAGCUAGUCUGACAGAGUUUUUUUGUGCUCAAGAAGAAUGAACCUCUUUGCUUAAUUUUAUCAGCAAACUCAAGCACUGGCAAGUGCACAGAGCAGGUCUUCUGAGGACUGUGACAUUGUUUCUUCACACCUGUAGUUGUGACUUGGUUCUAGUGCUACACACACACAAGACUGUGAAAGAGUACAUUGGUCUCUGGAGUUAGCUGCACUUAUAGGUCAGGUUCUUUAGUCAAAACUAUGGAAGAUGAAAAUGCAGUAAAGGUCACGUUUUGCUUCAUUUUGUGUUCUUUCAUCCUUUUUUCCCCCCUAGAUCAGAGGUUUUCUACUCAGUGCUAGGGAACGGAUGGAUAUAUCAGCCAUCUGAGCUGUUUCUGCCUAACUCCCGUUUCCCUGUGUGUGAUCUAUCUUGUGCUAGAGCACAGGCUUUUCCUAUCAGCUCCCAGCAGUCUCAUGAGGAGCAGCCUCAUGGACACGGUGCUCACGUGCCCCAUAAUGGGAAAAGGCAAGGGCAACGCCCCUCCAUCAGAGGCCAUGCUGUAUUGCUGAUAAAGUGAUCCUACACCUACAGAAACCAUCCAUGGUCAAGAAUACUGGGUGGUAGCCAGAGCUACUUGGCUGAACUGGGACAAGGGCUGAGCCUCAGCACCAGAGUGAGAGGAGGGUCCUCAGCGUCUUUCCAUAUGAAUUCCAGUCCUGGCUGUGUGAGGCGGGGCUGAGCUAAGUUCAGCAAGGGAAUCAUGAAAAGGCCUCAGUCAGAUCUGCUGCAUGGGCUGAGGUCCCUGAGCCUGCAGGUGCUGUCACAGCUGAGAGCAUUUACUGGAUACUGAGCCCGGGAGGCCACUGAGCAGCAAAGGCACCAAAGGCCACCUGUAGUUUGGCAUUUUCUGCCCUUGUUCACCCUGACCUGAAUUCAGGUUCUGUGUUAAAGUUGUGGAAGAGGAGGUUGUUGAACCAUAAAUGUUUUGAGUUUAAUAAGCUCUAUGGUACAGACAGUGUUUCCCUGGUGUGUUUGAAGAGUUUUUGGGGUCUUUUGUUUUCUAACGGGAAAAUGUUAUUCUGAUGCUUUAAUGGGAAGUGGAGUUUGAGAGCAGGGAGUGGAAAUUUCUUGAAUUUUUCUGGACAGCCUAAGUUCUAAAUUUUCCUAUUUGCUGUAAGAAAGUUCUCUAGCUAAAACUCUAUCUAAUGCUUCAGGUAACAGGUGACACUGAAUUGUAAAAACAGAACAAGCCCCUUUCUUUCAUUGAACUGUUGUAUAUUGAGGUGACUGAUACUUUAAUUUAUGUGCUUUAGAAAAGGGAAGAAACAGAACCGAUUGUGGUCUUGUUGUUUUUCAGAUGUCAGAUACACACAACAAAUGUACAUCUUAGUUGCCUGGAAUUAAAAAAAAAAAUAUUUACAAGCUAUUAAAGGCAUGAUUACUGAUCACUCUUUAU